AUGACGACUAAUUCCACCACUAAUAGUAGUAAUUUGAGUAUGAAGCUUCUGAUAGACACAAAGAAUAAGAAAGUGCUGUUUGCAGAAGCCUCUAAGGAAGUGGUGGACUUCCUCUUCACCUUGCUUCAGUUGCCACUUGCUACCGUCAUCAAGCUUUUAACCAAGGAAGCCGUGGUUGGUUGCUUGGGAAAUCUUUAUUCCAGUGUUGAAAACCUCAACCAUGUUUACUGGCAACCAAACCUAUCUAAGGAUGUUAUCCUUAAUCCAACCAUUCUUACCUCUUCACCUGCUAUCUCCGGCCUCCUCCCUUCAUCAGCUGCUAUAAGCCACUCCCAGAUAACUCCAAAGCUCUACAGGUGCUCGAAUAACAGUUUCGGUUGGGGUUCAAAUUAUUGUUGCAGUAGCAGCAGUGUAACAAGUGCGUACAAUUCUAUCUGUGACUCGUGUGGUAGUGGGUGUAUGACGAGGGAAGUGAAUUCCACGGCCACGGCGGCAUCUAAUGACAGCAAUAAUAAUGGGUUUGUGAAAGAAGUAAUAACAUACAUGAUCAUGGAUAAUCUUCUCAUUCAGCCCAUGUCAACCAUAUCAGGCAUCACCAUGCUUAACCAGUUCAAUGUCAAGGAUGUUGCUGUCUUGAAAGAAACCGUUGUUCAACUUGGCAUGGAAGAGGGCUUAAAGCUGCUCAAGGCAUCCAUAGAGUCCCAGAUGGUUCUCACAACCGUUUUCUUAGCUUGA